UUCGUCCUCUGUUUGUUUAAUUCCUUAAAAAAAAAGUGAAAUUUGAUAUCCCGGAUUCCUUUUUCCUUUGUUUUCUAAAACAUGAGAAUUCAAACUAUCCUUAGCUCUCUUUUAAGUAUUUUUUUUUAGAAGUCCUUUUUUUUUUCUUUAGUAGUAUUGCUUUGAAAUUUUUAAUUUUUACAAGCUGUUUUUGUUAGUGAUAGAGUAUAUAGCUAAAUAGAAUGUAAAGAGCUUACUGAUCAUCGUUUCAUAUAUAUAUAUAUAUAUUUACAUGUAUUUGCAUUUAUUAAUGUUUUAUUCUUUAAUGAGGGAGGUUUAUGCGUUAUCCUUUAAAUGGGGUUUUGAAUAUUUCCUCUGUUUCUUCUUCUUUUGCUUCUUUGCUUUAUAAGUUUUGGUAUGUUGGCUUGUUUGGGAUGCAAGUUAUGAAUCAGAUGCAGCUUACGUUGUCAUUUAAACCCUGAAUGUUUUGUUUCUGAGGCUCUUUAUUUUUGGGUUGCUGGCAUUGGAUGAAGUAUUCACUUAACUAUUCUUAAGUUUGAUUACAGGAGCUUCUCUGUAAUUGAUGCUUUCAAUGGCUCUGAUUUUGAUUUUGAUUUUGAAGAAUUCUUGACUCUGCUUUUGUUUACCUAAUAGAAUGUUUUAAUAAGAGCCAAUAAGUGUUCUACGCAUUCAUUAUGCUUGGGAUGAAUGCUGCUAGCAUUGAUUUAUAUAUGAGUUCUAUAUCAUUUUAGUGAUAGAAUGAUAGAUGGUGACCUUUUUGUUAGCCUUUUCGUUUUGCAAUUGUAGUACUCUUUAAAGAGCUGACUCUGUCAUGCUGUUGCUUCUGUCCAGUUGUGUUGGAGGGUGAAGAAGCUGAGUUUAGACUUUAGACCAUGUUUGUGGUUCUAUAAUGGGGAGUAAAUUGGUUUUUCUUCUUGCUUCAUGAUAUUAAUUGAUAAUUUAUUAGACUAUCAAUCAAAUGGGGGGAGUGUGUUCAAGGAAGAGAGACCAACUGAUCGUUGAAGAUGGAAUGCGAAGAGGGGUGUCUGGAAGGUAUGGGAAAAGUGGUAGUUCAAAGUGGCUUGUAACCUCCUUUUCACGGCCCAUGGUGGUUCAACAGCCUGGUGUGGCCAUUUGCCCAUCUCUCCUGGAAUUAUGCAUUGAUAAAAUAUGCGAAGACAUAGACCGGUAUAGUUCAUUGGCAAUGCUGCCAAAGGAUAUAAGUCAACAAAUUUUCAAAAAAUUGGUUUUAUCCCAUCAUCUUACUGAUGUUUUUCUUCAAAAGUUUCGUGAUUGUGGUCUUGAGGAUGUUUGGUUGGGUGAAUAUCCCAGAGUGCAGGAUAGUUGGAUGGAUGUCAUCUCUUCUCAAGGGACAUCAUUACUUUCUGUUGAUCUUUCUGGUUCUGAUGUAACAGAUUCUGGGCUGGGUCUCCUAAAAGAGUGCUUGAGCCUCCAAGCCUUAACUUUGAACCAUUGUGAAAACAUUUCAGCAAUGGGGCUGAAGCAUAUUAGUGGUCUAAUGAACUUGACAUCCUUGAGUUUUAAAAAGAGCGAUGCAAUUACUGCUGAAGGAAUGCGUGCAUUUUCCAGCUUAGUUAACCUGGAAAAGUUGGAUCUGGAGAGGUGCUCGGGAAUUCAUGGCGGAUUUGUGCAUCUUAAAGGUUUAUCUAAACUUGAGUGUCUUAAUAUCAGAUGCUGUAAAUGCAUUACAGACAUGGACUUGAAGGCUAUUUCAGGGCUUAAUAAUCUGAAGGAGUUGCAAAUAUCAAACAGUAACAUUACAGAUUUUGGACUGUCUUACUUGAGAGGUUUGCGCAAGCUUAUCAUGUUGGAUCUGGAAGGAUGUAAACUUACCGCUGCAUGCUUGGAUUCCAUCUCAGCUCUUGUUGCUUUGGCAUACUUAAAUCUUGGAAGAUGUGGCCUAACUGAUGAUGGAUGUGACAAGUUUUCUGGACUUAAGAAUUUGAAGGUAUUGAACCUGCCAUUUAACAAUAUAACAGAUGCAUGUUUAGCGCACCUAAAAGGAUUAACAAAGUUGGAGAGCCUGAAUUUAGAUUCAUGUAAAAUUGGCCUUUCACUUCUCAAAAGUCUAGAGUUGUCUGAUACUGAAGUUGGAAGCAGUGGGCUCCGAUACCUCUCUGGAUUGACACAUCUGGAGACCUUGAAUUUAUCAUUCAGUUUAGUGACUGAUAGUGGUUUACAUAAGUUGUCUGGAUUGACUGCUCUUAAGUCACUUAAUCUGGAUGCUCGCCAAAUUACAGAUGCUGGGCUGUUGGCUCUGACAAGUUUGACUGGACUGAUACAUCUGGAUCUUUUUGGGGCUAGGAUUUCGGACACUGGAACAAAUUAUUUGCGAUGCUUCAAGAACCUCCAAUCCCUUGAAAUAUGUGGAGGUGGUUUAACUGAUGCUGGGGUGAAAAAUAUCAAAGAUCUUACCUCUUUAACGCUAUUGAACCUUUCACAAAACUGCAACCUGACAAACAAAUCCUUGGAACUGAUUUCAGGCCUGACCGCAUUGGUGUCAUUAAAUGUUUCAAAUUCUUACAUAACUAAUGAUGGUUUGCUGUAUUUAAAGCCUCUAAAGAAUUUACGGUCGCUAUCUUUGGAAUCCUGCAAGGUAACUGCCUCUGAAAUUAAGAAGCUCCAGUCAACUGCCCUUCCCAAUCUUGUCAGCUUUCGACCAGAAUAAUAUUGCUGGGGCAACUGUAACAUAUGCUGUAAAUAGCUGCUAUCACCUGGAGGUAGCUCUCUCUACAAUUCAAUAAAUAUAUGUUAAAACGUGAGAGGCCGCCUUACUAAUGGGGUCAGGGUAAUUGUGCUAAUUAUAUGGACAGUCAAUGACAGGUGAUUGUAAAUAUGUUUGGCUGCUGAAUUUGAUAUUACCUCUUUUCUUGUUUCAAAAACAAACAAAUUUUGUACAUAUAAAUUUUAUGUUAAUUAACUAUUU